AUGAGUUGCGGCAUGGGUCAUGCUCUGACUAGGCUACGCCAAUCCGUGCCCGUGAACAUCUCGACGUGGUUGAAGAAUAAAAAAAAAAGGUUCGACAAGAUUUCUUUCUACGCAUUUGUCAGUUGUCGGGAGAAGAGAGAGAGAGAGGGGGUGAUCGCUGACGGAGUUGAAGACGAAGAAAAAUGGCUCUCUGCCGGGAUCGCCGGCCUUCAGCAGAAUGACUUUCACAUGCAUCGCGCCCUCGAUUCGAACAAUUUGAAGGAUGCACUGACGUUUUCUGCGCAGAUGCUGUCAGAGCUCCGGACCUCGAGGCUCUCCCCUCACAAAUAUUACGAACUUUGUCUUGAGCUUGGUUGUGCAGAUAUGAGGGCGUUUGAUGAGCUGCGGAAAUUUGAAAUCUUCUUCAAGGAGGAGACUGGUCGUGGGUGCUCCAUUGUCGAACUUUAUGAGCUCGUGCAAUACGCUGGCAAUAUUCUGCCGAGACUAUAUUUGCUCUGUACUGUGGGUUGUGUCUACAUAAAAUCAAAAGAAGCCCCAGCAAAAGAUGUACUUAAAGAUCUUGUUGAAAUGUGUCGUGGCAUACAGCAUCCUCUGCGUGGCCUUUUUCUGAGGAGUUACCUCUCUCAAGUCAGUAAGGAUAAACUGCCUGACAUUGGUUCUGAGUAUGAAGGGGAUGCGGAUACUGUCAUGGAUGCCGUUGAGUUUGUACUCCAAAAUUUCACAGAAAUGAACAAACUUUGGGUUAGAAUGCAGCAUCAGGGACCUACUAGGGAAAAGGAGAAGAGAGAAAAAGAAAGGAGUGAACUACGUGAUCUUGUUGGUAAGAAUCUUCAUGUUCUCAGCCAGAUUGAGGGGGUUGACCUUGAAAUGUACAAAGAAAUAGUGCUUCCCACAGUAUUGGAGCAAGUUGUUAACUGCAAGGAUGAGCUUGCCCAAUAUUACUUGAUGGAUUGCAUAAUUCAAGUCUUCCCUGAUGAAUACCAUUUGCAAACUCUUGAAACCUUAUUGAAUGCCUGCCCUCAACUUCAGCCUUCUGUUGAUGUGAAGACAGUGCUUGCUCGUCUGAUGGAAAGGCUCUCAAAUUAUGCUGCUUCUGGUGCAGAAGUGAUAGAAGCACAAGAAAAUUUUCCUAUUGCUGGAGUAGUAACUUUAUAUGCUUCUCUUUUGACAUUCACUCUACAAGUACAUCCCGAUCGCCUUGAUUAUGUUGACCAAAUCCUGGGAGCAUGCGUAAAUAAACUUUCAGGAAGAGAAAAGCUUGAUGAUAGCAAAGCAACGAAAAAAAUUGUCGCCCUACUAAGUGCCCCACUAGAGAAAUAUAAAGAUAUAGACAUUGCUCUGAAGCUGUCGAAUUAUCCACGCGUCAUGGAGCAUCUAAACAAUGAAACAAAAAAGGAGAUGGCCAGUGUUAUUAUACAAAAUAUAAUGAAACACAAGGCUUGCAUUUCUACUGCUGAAAAGGUGGAUGCAUUGUUUGAAUUAAUAAAGGGGCUUAUAAGAGAAUCAGAUGAAGAUCUCCGUGAUGAGGUGCUUGAUGAGGACUUUAAAGAAGAGCAAAAUUCUGUUGCACGUCUUAUACAAAUGCUUCAAAGUGAUGAUCCAGAAGAGAUGUUGAAGAUCAUUGAUACUGUGAGGAAGCAUAUUUCAACUGGAGGACGUAAGAGGCUUCCCCACACUGUCCCUCCACUUAUAUUUAGUUCUCUAAAGCUUGUACGGCGACUUGAGGAUAGAAAUGAAGGUGUAUCUGGUGACGAGGCAUCAGCCAUACCAAAGAAGAUCUUUCAGUUAGUGACCCAGACCAUUGAUACUUUGUCCAAGUUACUGGGAAAAUCGAUCGGAUUGCAGUCAUUGUAUAACAGGCUAGCCCCGAUUUUUCCGGGGAGUAUUCCAGUGCCUGAACUGGCUCUAGGAUUGUACCUGCAGUGUGCGGAGGCUGCAGAUAACUUCGACCUAGAACCUGUAGCGUAUGAGUUCUUCACACAAGCUUAUAUCUUGUAUGAAGAAGAAAGUACGGAUUCGAAAGCUCAGGUGACCUCUUUACACCUAAUAAUAGGGACUCUUCAGAGGAUGCAUGUAUUUGGUGUUGAGAAUAGAGAUGCUUUGACACACAAAGCCACUGGGUAUUCUGCAAAGCUGUUGAAGAAGCCUGACAAUGUAGAGCUGUUUAUGCAUGUUCUCAUCUGUUCUGGCUUGACGAACAUGACAGUAUCAGAGAUGGUGAGAGGUGUGGUCCUGCUUUGCUUAAAGCGUGCUCUGAGAAUCGCGAAUGCCAUUCAACAAAUGGCGAAUGCAACCAGAGGCAACAGUGGAUCUGUCCUACUCCUUGUAGAGAUACUGAACAAGUAUCUUUACUUUUAUGAGAAGGGGGUCCCACAAAUCACUGUGGAGUCGAUCAAGAGCCUGGUUGAAUUGAUCAGAAACGAGAUGUUGGGUGAUAACAACAACAUGCCUUCUGAUCAAGCUGCAGAUGCUUUCUUUGCAAGCACAUUACAGUACAUACAGUUUCAGAAGGACAAAGGUGGUGCUGUGGGGGAAAAGUAUAAGCUAAUUCUGAUCUGAUUUUUCCUCGAAGAAAUUUUUUUGGAGACCAAUGGGUUCGUUCGAGAGGUCAAGGGACAUUGUGAAGGUUAAUUUUGGGUUUUAGAUGAGAAAUGGGAGUGACACUUUCGUGUAUUCUCUACGUCUGUGGAAGGUCUUUCUGUGGAAAGUGAUAAUUCGAUUUUCAGAUUUUCAAAGAAAAUAAUGUGAAAUGAGUACGAAAAAUUUGUUCGAAUGAAGAUGUUAAACAAAAAGUGAGGUACGAAUAAAAUGCAAUAAUAUAUGAAUAUCUCAGUGUUAUAAUAAUCGAG